AUGGUCCCCCUACUAUCAGCAGGUCGCGCUCUCGCGGCGCCCUUUGAUUGUUUUUCCGCGGCUCGGCGGCGUUCGCGCGGCGUUUUUGUGGCGUUUUUGCAGCGGCCACCUGUCCGCUUAAUAGCGCAAUCGCCGCUUAUUUACGAGGUCCACGGCGACGCGGCCUCUGGCGGUUUCGCGCGCGACACCGCGCUCCGAUACGCGACAGAUAAU